UUUGGUGUUUGUAACAUGCAGAGAUAUGAGAGGAGGAAGAGGCUGAAGGAGGAGCAACACUGUCACAGAGCAGAAAAGGACUCCCACUGUCAGAUACAUUCAAUAUGUGAAGCAUACAGAACAGAUAGUGUGUGGAAGAUGCUGUCACUGCAUUACUGGCUCAUGUUUCCUUUGUUUGUGAUCACACUAACAGGUGUCAGCUGUGAUCAACUCACUGCAGUCAAGGAUGAAGAGUCCACUGUAGAAGGAAACACUCUCACUCUGUCCUACACUUAUUCCCAAGAUGCAGAUCUCAAUGAUAAUUUCUUCUGGUAUCGACAAUAUCCAGGGAAACCGCCAGAGUUCCUGAUCCACAUAUCAGGGAUGAAUAUUUCAAGAAAGUUUCUAAAAUCAGCUGCAAGAUUCUCCACAAAACUGUCUGGAAAAAAGCGUCUGGACCUUCAGAUCUCCUCUGCUGCAGUGACUGACUCUGCUGUGUACUACUGUGCUCUGCAGCCCACAAACUAUGGAAACAAGCUGGUCUUUGCUUCUGGUAGUAAACUCAUAGUUCAGUCAGGGACAGAGUACGAGCCAUCCUAUUUCAGAGUGGGAGAAGGCAACAAUACGGCGUGCCUGGCAACUGGGUUCAGCAGACACAAAGCAGCAUCACGUCAUUGGAAUUAUAGCGUGGAAUUCCGUGAGACAAAAGCUGUGGCAAUAUCACCAAACUUGGAUCUGUACAACCAGGUGAUUUUUCCAGGCGGAAAUGCAAAGAAAUGUGAAUCUCCAGGUGAUCCCAGCCCAUGUGUUGAUGUUUUGGAGCCAGAUCCAAAGGUGAACCUCAUGUCUCUGACCAUCCUGGCUCUCAGAGUGAUCUUCAUCAAGACCAUCAUCUUUAACAUCAUAAUGACUCUGCGGCUGUGGAUUAGUCAGUAAACUUCACAGAAAUCCCAAGAGGACAACUUUCUGUGUGACUGGAUGAAACUUGAAGUUCACUGAGCUUCAGCGUGUAUAUCAUGUAUAAAUAUCAUAUUACCUGUUUAUCAUACCAUCUGUUAAUAACUCUAUAGAAGUUAUCCUUUAAUACAUUGUUGAUUGAUCCAAAAAGUUUGAUUUUAUGUUAUCUUUACAUAUUGUCACUGAUGUUUUUUAUGAAUGAAUUAAACUCUGUCUCGCUUGAUGAUGUAAAUGUCACAGUUAUGUUUAACAGAUUGUCCUUUCAAUCAUUUCUUUGUGUGAUGUGGUAAUAAAAGCUAAAAA